CAAGGAUUUUGCAAUAUACUAACCAUGCAAGCACUCACUUUUUCUUCCGCCUCUGGCAAGGCGACUCUUGAGCAAGGCAGGCCCAUUCCUGUUCCCGGUCCUGGCGAGGUUCUUGUAAAAGUUCUGCGGGCUGGUAUCUGCUCAACGGACCUGGAAAUUUGUCGUGGAUACGUGCCCGGAUUCCACGGCGUGUUGGGUCAUGAGUUCGUGGGUGUAGUGGCUGCUCAAGGGCCCCCACUGGAGGCGCCAGCGGCAACAACAGCCAAUGGCGAUGCUGGGCUGCAGGGUGGCCCCAGCCAGGAACCACUGGCGAUUGGGAUGCGUGUGGUCGGCGAAAUCAACUGCAACGACACGCACUUCACAUGUGCUGACGCGAUCUUCCAGCGCAACCAUGCACCAGGCAGGACCGUGUUGGGCAUCAUCGGCCGCGACGGCUGCCUGGCGCCCUACGUGACGCUGCCUGCCGCCUGCCUGCACGCCGUGCCGCCCGCCCUGGCGGACCAGGAGGCGGUGUUUGCGGAGCCGCUGGCGGCCGCAUGCCGCAUACCCGAGCAGGGGCUGCCGCGGAGGCCGGAGUCAGACCGGGUGGCUGUCAUAGGUGACGGCAAGCUGGGUCUGCUGGUGGCGCAGGUGCUGGUGCGCACCGUGGAGGCUGCCGGGGGCCCGCCGCUGGUGAUGCUGGGCCGCCACACGGACAAGAUGGCGCUCGUGCAGGGCCAGGCCGAGCGGGUGGUUUUGGACGGCAGCGAUUCUCCUCCGCUACUGGAGCGACUGGCGGGCUCAUUCGACCUGGUGGUGGAGGCCUCAGGCUCAGCGGCGGGCAUCCGCACGGCCCUAGCCUUGUGUCGACCUCUUGGGACGAUCCUGCUCAAGUCCACCGUCAGCACCACCCAGCACACACAGCAGCAGUCGGACCAGCAACAGGCGGAGGAGGGUGCAGAGAAGCUGCAGACGGCGGACGGUAACUGUACGACACAACAUGCAAAGGGAGAAGGCGCUGCGACAGCCACGGCUUCUAGUUGCUGCGCCGCUCCCUUGUGGGCUGAGAUAGCCAAUGACAUUGUGGUGAACGAGAAGGUCCUGGUGGGAAGCAGGUGCGGCCCUUUCGACGUGGCGCUAGGCCUGAUGGAGCGGGAUGCGGCUGUACGGCAGCUGUUGAGAUACAUGAUCAGUGCCGAGCUGCCCCUGGAGCGCGGCGAGGAGGCGCUGGCACUGGCGGCCACUCGUGGAGUGCUCAAGGUGCAGCUUGUGAUGCCGGAGUAGCCCCCCACCCACCAAGCUGCUGUAACGGUAAUGUGGGUGCCGAGCAGGUUGCUAUGGGUAAUACAAGGUGAUCUACUGUUCUCAACUGGCGUGAUCCUUGAAGAGCGGUUGGGAACGUGGAGCGUAGGAGGGCUGAGCAAGCCUUGCCGGUGACCAAGGGUUGUUGUUUAAGACCUGCUAGCGUUCGCCAGCGACGGAAUGCUGUGCUAAUGCGCCGAUUGCGCCGGGUAAAGCUGGCUGGGUAUGUGGCUGGGACCCUGGUUUAGCUAGGAGUACAUGCUAAUGUGAUUCCAUGUCCUAACGCAAGGGCUGGUAUGCAUGCAAUACAUUGCUUACCAGCGAGUGCAGCUAUGGUUCCGCAGUCUGUUGCGCGUAUACGGUCAACCGCCCUCUGUGACACAUAAUCUGUGUGGGUUAUGUUUACGCCCCAUGGACGUUGGUUGAGAUGUCUGCUGUACCCAUUGUCACACAUCAUGGCAUCAGAGGCCACAUUGACUUGCCGCUGGGCUUCACUGGCUCCUUGGCGGAGGCCGUGUUGCCGCAGCUGCUGGGCUGGUCAGAUUCUGCGUAGAAGACCGUCGGUUCUUGAUGUCUUGAAGGUAUGCAUGCAGCUGUCAUACAUUACAAUUCAGAAUUAAUGCUGUGCAUUCAAGGUUGAGAAAUAUCCACGCUUUAUUUCAUGCUUCAUCUGGCACACAUGACUGCACUGGAAGCGAGGGCGUAGGCCUCGCCCUCCUGUCGGCUGCAGUCCGCCCAUAACAUUUGAGCUUCAGGGCAGUAAAUGGGACAUAUUAAGACUUUGACCUGCCAGAGCCUAUACAAUAGCGACACUUUGCUUGAUGGGAUGGCUCACUGUCGCUAUACUGCGAGAGCACCAUAAUAUCGCCCAAGCAAAAUGCAAAAGCUGAGCUACAGGGUCACCGCUAUGAACUUCAUAGCGCACAUGCUUUUGGAUGCGAUGACCGGACGCCCGUGGUCGUAACGAACAAACCGUUAUGACCCAGUCAUUGCGGCAUGGGCGGUAAGUGGCCUUUCUGCUGUGACGGCACGCGUCCUUGCAGACGCUUUUGCUGCUUUUAUUUGGCAUUUUUAAUAGCAUCUAGAGUAUACAGCGGUGUUUGGCAUGGUCUCGCUCCAAAGACUCAUGUUUUAUGUGUCAGGAAAACGCCCGAGUUUCUUUUACUGUAACUAGAACCUACUAUGAGCUAUCCAGCAUAAGGGCGUGGUACGUUUCGUCUCUUAGGGCGGUCCAUGCUGUUUUUGAUGCUGGCUGUUGUCGGCCUGGCUGGCAAACAUACGGAGUUUUCGCUGGAGCGUUAUAAUUAACGACAUGUCAUGCUACUUUUAAUAGGUUUUUCAGCACCUGCGUACAGGGUGCAGACCGACGCCAAUGGCUGAUGUGGAGACCGACAGUUUAGCCUCCGGACUCACGUCGAGAACGGGCGCCAGCCACAGAAGUGAUGCAAAGAUACUAGGUCACAGGUCCGCGCAUGACGAUGGCGGAGAGGAUGACCUUCUGGAGCAGAAAAGGUCGUUUCGUGACGGGAUAUAUAACUGCAUGUACACUUUGGUGCGGCAGCAAGGCUUCAGCGGUUGGAAAGUGACACUGUUAAAGGUCCUGCUUGAGGGAGUGACAUCCUUCGUCGUGGCAUUUAACCCGACCCACAUCGGAGUAUGGAAGAUUGACACGCACUACUGGCUGUGGCAGCCGAUACGGUGGACAGUGUGGCGGUCGCCCAUAUCCGUCAUUUACGGCUACAAGGCGUACAUUGUCGUACUGUACAUCAUGAUAGUCGGAAUUUUGCUGUCGGCGGCAGGUUUGGUGUUGCUGACCUUAGCCAUGCGCAAGCAGGAGCAGUCAAAGUGGCUGCUUCGCGCAUCCGCGACUCUCCACGUCAUCUUCGAUGUGGUGUUUGGCAUCUGUUACGUUUCCUUCUUUGAUUACUUAAUCUUCGUUGCGGACUGCAACUUCUCUAAGGACCAUCACCACGUGUUCUUCACAACCGUCGAUUGCCUGGCAACACCGCAUCUAAUCCACAUGUGUGUCGGUCUCGCCACGGCCGUGCUCUUCAUGGCGAUGACGGCGCUCAUGGUCGUGGCGUCGUGCGACCUGAACCCCGUGUCCCGCAGCCACCUGGCGUCACCGGCGGCGAUCACGCGGUUAAAGAUCUUGAGCCUUAAGGCUGUGUACAUCGUAUGCGCGACGUGCCUAGGCCUCGCGCCGCGGCCCCAGUCUAUAGUAAUGCUUGUUGCAACCAUCGGUAUUACCUGGCUGAACUUGCGCGCGAUUCCCUUCUAC